UGCACCCGGGCUGGAGCCCUAUCACUAAAUAUUUUGCUCUUAACGAUGUGGCAACUGGAGCGCCCGGGCUCAGGAUGUAGCCCUCCGAGGCUCCUCUUGCUUGUUUACACCUCUCUCUGCGCUCUUGGAGAUUGCCUUUUUGUGACUGAAUACUUCACCCGCACGCCUCGUAAGCUGAAUGCUUUCAACUCCUUUGCAAGUGUGGAACUGUUCCACUUCAAUGUGCCUGACGACACCAUGAUGGCCGUAUGGAACCUCAUCACCUUCAAGGAGCAGGGGGGCACGUUCGGAGACAGCUGCCCAAACCGCAAUGUGACUGUGUACUUCAGGUCGGGGGCUCCUCCAGUAAUCAACCCCCUGUACACCAGCUUCCCUCGGGAUACAGUCGUCCCAGGAUCCUUUGCUGUGACUCUUACCUGGACUCUUCCAAACCGUACAACAGGAGCAUUCAAUGUGACCAGCCCGCUCCCUGGAGACUGGUUCCUGGCUGCACAUUUACCCAAGGAUGAAGGCAAGAUCUCAGUCAAGGGUCUCUCUGAAGAGUGCCAGUAUCUGUUCCAACCUCAGCUCAUUGUCCAGAGGCUAAUUGGGAUUUCAGUGCUUUAUCCUGGAUACUUCAUCGACCAGAUGAUCCCCGUCCAUAAUAGAUCUGCACUUUAUAAGGUGUUCAUCCCCAAUUAUACAUCAAAGGUCAAGGUUCAGCUGGUAAACUGCAGCACCAAGAACAAGAGUAGCGAGAGUUGUCCUGUGGUGCUGAAGAUAAGAGCGCGGGCGCCGCCGGUGCAUAACUCAAGUGCCCUUGACUGCAGGGAGUGGAACCCUUGUGAAUUAGACACCCUCGUACCUGCCUGGGAACAAUGGUACUACAUCCUGGUGGAGAGAUAUCUCACCAACUGCAACGUUUACUUCCGAAUUGGGGUGCAGGUCACAGAUUGCUCCAAGACCAAUUUGUCAAAGGACCAAGCACAGCCCAGCUCCUCUAUGAACAUGCCUCAGUCUUUUGGAACGGCAAUGGGUUUCUCCCUGUCUGAGACGCUGUCAAUGGCGGCCCUGCCCAGCCCGUUGCUGAAUGCCAGUCACCUGCACACCUCGGAAGACAGCAUCAUUUACCUCGCCCCCACUACCGACACUAACAAGUGCUGGCCCAUCCGUCCGACUCUGCGCAAUGAGCUGGACACCUUCUCCGUUCACUUCUACGUCUUCUUUGGUCCAAAUAUAUCGAUACCACCUGACAGAGCCGCUGUGUUCGCCAUCAACCUGAUGCCUGUUUUAGACAGUGGAGGAGUCCUCAACAUGGAGCUCAAACUCAACAUGACUACACUGAAAGGAGCUAAUGUCACAGUGUUUGGCUGCCUGAACCACGGGAUGCCUCUUUUCUUACGAGAAAACUCGUCACUGACAUGUGAAUCAGAAUCAGUGGCUGGGUUUUUCCUUUCUGUGAACGCUUCAGCUAAUAUUACCAAAUUGAGGAUUCCCUACCCACAAACAGGCACCUGGUACCUCAGUCUGCGCUCUCUAUGUGGCACUGAACAUGGAUUUGAGGCCUGCACAAACAUCACUGCCGAGGUGUAUAUGCGCUCAUACCUGACUCCAUGCAUCAAUGACUGUGGGACGUACGGACAAUGCAAGCUUUUGCGCACUAACAACUACCUUUAUGCUGCAUGUGAAUGCAAAGCAGGCUGGGAGGGCUGGGGAUGCACAGACAACUCGGAGGCGUACUCCUACAGUUUCCAGCUCCUCUCCACCCUGCUGCUCUGUCUCAGUAACCUGAUGUUCGUCCCUCCUGUGGCCAUUGCCAUCCGAAGCCACUACCUGCUGGAGGCUUCAGUUUACAUCUUCACCAUGUUUUUCUCCACUUUCUACCAUGCAUGUGACCAGCCGGGUAUUGUGGUCUUUUGCAUCAUGGAGUAUGACGUCCUGCAGUUCUGUGACUUCCUCGGGUCGCUCAUGUCAGUGUGGGUCACUGUCAUUGCUAUGGCCAGGCUGAAGUCGAUCAUUAAACAGGUGCUGUAUCUGCUGGGGGCAAUGUCUCUGUCCAUGGCUCUGCAGCUAGAUCGUCACGGUCUGUGGAACCUGCUGGGACCCAGCCUGUUUGCUCUGGGCAUCAUGGCCGUGGCAUGGACGGUGCGCACCAUCCGUAGGCGACGUUGCUACCCGCCCACUUGGAAGCGCUGGGUGUUCUUCCUCUUCCCGGGAACCAUGAUCGCCACGUCUGCCGUGGCCCUUUACGCCUUUGUGGAGACCGAGGAGAACUACUUCUACAUCCACAGCAUCUGGCACAUGCUGAUCGCAGGGAGUGUGGGCUUCCUCCUGCCGCCCCGCGCCAAGCCCGAUGCCAAGGUGACCCCGCUAAAGCGUAGGCGAGGCUGCGGGUAUCAGCUGUGUGUUAACGAGCAUGAGGAGCUGGGCCUGGUGGACCCUGCCAUCAUCUCCAUCAACAGCAUCUGUACCAGCUGAUAAACUCCCCACUCCCAACCUUUUACCUUAGAGACACUUCAUUGCCUUCUUUUACUUGGGAAAUUCACACACGGGAAAUUAAGCCACAGAACUUGAAAAAGCAAUGUACAUACUUUAAUGCAGAUGUGACACAUUGGGUUUCUUUUUUUGGUUGUUAUUGUCAUGGUAAUUAUUAUCAAUACAACUGUAAUUAUUAUUAUCUAUAGUUAAAGUUGUUCUGAUGAAUUGUGGGUGUACAGUGACACACAGUUGUUUGUGAAUAUGUAUUUAAAGUCAAAGCUGAAACACUGCUGCUAUCUGACGGUGACUGUAAAACUGCUUCUAUUGGUUAUUUAUUGGUGGUCUUGUAAACAGGCCAAUUAUUUUACUGUUGGGCACAGAUCAGGGGGAGACGUGGGGGGACAUUUAUCAAGGGCACGGCUUUUCUGAAAUUCUUUUGGAAUAUAUCUUUUGCACUGAGACACAAAAAUGUUAUUCUGUAAAUUUUUAUAACAAUAUAAACUACAGUGGGCAUCACAAAUGUAAAAUCUAGUUGUCAUGUGGAAUGUUAGACUGUCUUUUGCAAUUGCAAUGUAUCGCUUUUACACGAAUGUGCUGAUUGUUCUUGAUGGGAACAAUUCCAAAGUCCAGCUGCCUGUUGAAAGAGAAGAGGGGAGGCAGGAUUAUUUCAGAGACCUCAAACCAAGACCUCACCUCCCUGUUCUUUUCUGACAGGA